CGGAGGCUCGUGGAAAUUUAUGAAUAUCUCAUCAACUAUGAUUUAUUAAAAGUGACGGUAGGGCAACAGAACUUAUCAAUAGACUCGUGAAAGUGGAGAAAAUCGAUAGAGGUGACUUUUUGGGAAAAUCUAUUUUUUAUGGCAGAUUCGUGAUGAGGAGGUCAGAACCUGUAUGGAUAUUAAUUUUCGUUGGAAUUGAAGUGCAACGUCCUAUUUUGUUUUGCAUCAUCCUCUCAACAUCUCAUACAUACGUGAAGACUCCGGACGAUUCUCUCUUCGAUUUUGAGAGGCUUUUUUUUACCUCUCCUCUGGGGGCAUGCGGUUCAGACUGGAGGUAAAGGGACUUACACAAAAUGUCGGACUCUGGAGGAACAGACAACCCUGCAUUCAUCAGUGAGGAAGAAUCUCACGAAAACAGCUGCACGGAGAGUAAUCGGGAAGAUCAGAGUAGCAAGUCACCAGACAAUAACACUUCCUCACAAGUUGCCAAUGGGAAUUCCUUCGUGUCCCAGCACUAUGUAGAGCCAACUAGGAAAGAUGGUGAUGCUCAAUACAAGACUGAAACAAGAAUCGAAGUGCCUGGGGAUACGGAGAAGAGUCAAAAUCCAGCUAAGGUCAAUGGAGUACAUGCCAAUGGUAACAACGAUGAUGCCAGUUUUCUGAAUAAUAGUGUUACCAGCGUACAAGCCAAUGAUGGUAAAAAGGAGCAAAUUGAGGCCGUGAAUCUCGAGCUUGUGUCAAUGAGGCCCUACGCAACCGGAAACAAUCACCAAAAGGGGCAGGAAGCGUGUGAUUUACCAAAUGAUCCAUACGAGGAGUAUUUUGUACCAGUCAAUGAGCAUCGGAAGUACAUCAGAGGUGAAAAGUUGUACGUCACCAAGGAUAAGAGGUCAAAGAGUUCGUACUGGAGGAGACUAGCCUGUUGGGGUUUUGGUUUAAGCGUUGUAGCGGUUGCACUCAUAAUUGCGAUAUUAGCUGCUACUGGUGUCAUCCUAACGCAAGAGGCAACUCAACCACUGGACAACUCCCAACAGACUUACGAUGGUGUCAAAGCCGCCGGAAGUAAAGAAUUCAUUAAGAAUCCACCGUCAAGUCCACCACCGGAAACGUCUAGUUUCACACCAUGGCCAACGACCGAUGAGACUAUUUUCAAAACAGUACCUCAGGCGUUGAAUGGAAUUAUCUGGUUGGAUAACCUUGAGUGGAACGAUCAACUUAUGGAUCCAAAAUCUAGAGUUUACAGGGAUAUUUCCGCUGAAAUUGAAAAUACCAUUCGUGCUAAUUUCUUUUCUUCCACUUCUGUUAUCAAAGUAUACAAUAUUUCGGAUGAGGGUGAGGUGAGGUUCAGGAUCAGUUAUCCGCCAGCCUCUACACCGGAAAUGAUGCAAGAGAGUGUUGAAAAAACCCUGCAAGAGAAUGGAAAUAUGAUUGGAAAAUACCAUCUUCAUAGAGUAGAGAUAGAGUCAUUGCUUGAUGAGUGUCAAUACAAAAAUAUGAAUUGUAGUAACGGUUGCAAGUUUGAUUACAUGAAUAGUGUAUUUAUGUGUGCCUGUCCACCCGGAAGUAUUCUUGAUGCUACUGGAAACAAUUGUAUUGAUGAGAAUGAUUUGAGUGAUGUUGGAAUGGAUAAUGAACAGCCGAAAACCACAACAAUUGACGAUAGUGGUCAGGGACGAAGUAGCGAUGCUGCAUCAUUUUUCGAAUCUCGAGGGCAUAAUCAUGAUCAUGAUCACUGGAUGCAUGAUCAUGAUGAUCAUGAUCAUCAUGAGAUUCAUGCAACUGUUGAACCUGUUGGGGAACCACUAUCGUCUCCAGAAGCAGUUCCUACACAUAAUGUCAGUACUGAGGCUUUUCCAACCGAAGCAUCUCCAGAGCCCAGUCCCGAGCCUGAAUCUGAACCACAACCAUCAGCUGAAUCUACUUCUGAACCUGAGGCAACAGCAGAGCCUAAUCUUUCCGCAGAGUCCUCUUCUAAUCCUCUACCCUCAAUCUUUGAUACUGAGAUAUCGACAGAACCGAUUAGUGAACCAAUUGAGGAUAAAAGUCCAGCUUCUGAUCCAGACUCACAGCCAGAACCUGUGAGUGAACCUUCAGCAGAACCGAAUCCAGAAGUGCAACCUACAAGUGAACCAGUUGUUGAGGCUGAACCACUUCCCGAAUCAAAGGUUGUAGCGGAACCGACCAGUGAGCCAAUUUCUCUCAACGAAUCAGCUGCGAAACCAGUCUAUGAACCGAUUUCUCCUGAUGAAUCAACUCCAGAACCAGUCCCUGAAUCUGUUACAGUUGUUGAACCAUCUCCUGAGGUACUGACUGAAGCAACUCUUGUAACCGAAUCAUCUGCAGAACCAGCGUCCGUGACAGAGCAUGCAAGUGAACCCGUCUCCGUUAGUGAACCAACGGCAGAACCAAUAAGCGAAUCGACAUCCGGAAGUGAGCUAAUCUUUGAACCAGAAGUUACCAGUGAACCAGUUCCUUCUAGUGAACCAACUACUAAACCUACAAGUGAACCAUCUAGCGAGCCGACAAGUAUACCAAUUUUGGCAAGCGAGCCCACCACAGAACCAAAAUCAGAGCCAGAACCUACGACUGAACCAACAUCAAAUGCUGAACCCUCUGCCGAGCCUGUACCAAAGCCUGCUUCUUCUGUAGAAUUCGAUUCAGAGCCGGAUUCUUCUACAGAACCCGCACCAUUGCCUGAUUUCUCUCCUGAACCUGCAGUCAUGUCCAAUUACUCCCCAGAACCUACAUCCCCACCUGUUUCUUCUACAAAACCUACACUACCGCCUGAUUCUUCUACAGAACCUACAUCAUUGCCCGAAUCUUUUUCAGAACCUACAUCACUGCCUGAAUCUUCUCCAGAACCUACAUCACUGCCUGAAUCUUCCCCAGAACCUACAUCAUCACUUGAAUCUUCUUCAGAAUCUAUAUUACUGCCUGAAUCUCUUCCAGAACCCUCAUCCGAGUUUCACUCUUCUCUUGAGCACGCAUCGGAGUCCACGAUUUUCGAGGAGCCUCUAGGAGUAAUCCCCCUUGAAGAAGACAUUGCAACGGACAUUCCAAAAACGAUGAAUAUACUUACCACUCCGAUAUUUGAAAACCCAGCGGGAAGGAUCCCAACAACAACACCUGACCCAAUUCUCUUAGACUCUCAUUAUCCCCCUAAUGAAGUAAUUCUACAUUCUCGAGUGGGUGGUCGAACAUCCAUAGAAGCCGAACUUGAGGAAGUGUCCCCGACUAGUUCACUACCAUUGGGGAAUCCAUCAUCCCCAAGAAAUACUCCAGCAGCUGUUGUUCUCAAUUUUGCAGGAAUAACCACUGAUUCCCCCUUUGAAACCAAUCGAAACAUUUUCCCUCAAUUAGCAGAAAAUAUAUCAAAAAAUAUUGAACCGCUCAAUGAAGCAUUCGAUACUACAACAUCGACAGAAUCCACUACGUCAACCGGAAUACACAAAGAGAUUCAAAACAUUCACGAGAUCAUUCCAGAAUUGACCCCGGAACACGUGACGCACGAAACUCCAAAGAAAGAUGCAGAUGCGAUGCAAAGUAACGGAACAGGUCCACCCUCUCAUUCAGAAGAAACAAUUGAAUUCUCAACGACUCAUCCACUCCAUCCAAUAAUCCUUCCCCAGAGUUUCCCAGAAAAACCAACGGAAAAAACUCCAGCAACUGACGAAAAACAUCAAGAAGACAUGUCACCCUUCUUGCCGGAUGUAGUCCGUGAAAAGGAAAUGCCCAAGAAAGCACCGCGAUUGGACAAGGACGAACAGGAUCUUCCGAAUCCAUUCGAGCCAGCAGUCGUUGAGGAUGUGAUAAUUCAUCACGAGAAUCAUAGAAAUGAAAGCGAGUUCACGGACUUGACGAACGAGGUAGGACAGUCUCACGUUGUUCAACAGACUGGAACAACGCGGGAGGAAGACGUAACUAUUAUGGACGGAGUCACGAUAAUGCCGACAGUAGUAAAUGACACGCAUACCGUAGACAACAACACUGAGACAUCAUUGAGCUUUGAGGACCUUGGAGCACGACAAACUGGUGACACUAAUGAUACGAAUGUCAGUCAGGUGAACGACCUGAGUAUUAAAAUAAAUGGCGACAUUGAAGCUACUUCCACUACUACCGAAAGUGCUGAUUUGCCUGAAUUAUCAAAGGUCAGUUCACCGGAGAAUGCAACAUUAGAUACAACGACCACCGAAAAAUCACAUGAACUUGCCAAUAAAUUCGACGAUAAUGCAGUUGAAGAUCAAUACAAUGAUAUAAAUGACGAUACCAUACCUAAGGAUUUUAAACGAAAAUUGAAAACAGGCACUACUAACGAGCAGAUUGUAGACACAAAAGUGAUUCAACAUACGCUAGAGGCGGAGAUCGAAAACACAACGGCUAAAAAUGACUCUGAAAUAAUGCCAAUGAUUAUUGAUAAGCAAACGAACGAUGAAACGAACAAAUUUACAACAGAAGUUCCGAUUCUGCCGAUCGAAAUACAACAGGACGUUUCGACAACAGAAACAGGUGAGAAAAUCGGCUCAACAGUCUCGAUCGUGGCUGAUGCUGAUGUCGGUUUACUAGUCACAACUACUCAAGCAUCUACUCUAGAAACAAAAACCACAGCUCAAGUGCCUAUUUUGCCAGAAGAACUUCAGACAACAGAGGCUAAUGACAUUAUGAGCACAACCGAGCAGAUGGCAGUGAUUUCCAAUGACAAAUCAACGACACCAACGAUUACUGAAGAAAUUUCUGAACAAAUAACAACAGAUUCCAGUGAUGUCAAGAGUACGACGGAGACAAUUGUAAUGACCGCAAGUGAUUCAACACAACCCAUUGCCGAUGAGAUGCAUAAUGAUGAGGACAAUAAAACCACUACCGAAACAGUUACACAACCAACAGUAGACAUCAAACCAGUUUCAGAAGUGAUUGUUGAUGACCCUCAGCCAGUCACUUUCGAUCGCAGUCGUUUCUUCACGACCACGACGGAACAGGCACUCAUGGAGGAGAUUCCAGAGCACCUACUACGAGUUAUUCCCCUCGAAGCGGGUGAUGAAUUCGUAGGAACAACUAUAGUACCAGAAUUACCAGAACAACAACAGCCAGAAACCGAUACAGUCAGCACAACAGAAGAGACCCCGUCGGUAUCAAAAUUGAAAAUCAUCGAAAUCACUUCUGACAAUGACAAUUCAAAAAAGAAUGCCUCAAUGCUACAAUCGCCUAUAGAAUCUCCUAAAAUGGAGAUGCCUGUUACCCCAACCUCUCGCACAACUCCGGAGAUCAUUCCAGUCUACGAAGAAGUAGAAGACGACAGUAUGAAUCCUUUCGUGAUUAAUCCAUCCAAGAGAAUACCAGUGCUAACAACAACAGACAAUCCUAAAAUCGAAGUAUCACCUUUAGGUCCAUCACCGACUGUAUUGUUUUCAAAAUGCAAUGCAGGACAGUUUCAAUGCCUGAACGGAACCUCUCGCGAUGGCGCCUAUUGCGUAGAUCUCUCCUCAAAAUGCGAUUCAGAGAAUGAUUGUUCCGAUGGUUCUGAUGAAAUUAAUUGUCAGAGAGAUGGUUGUCCCGGUAAUUUCCAAUGCGCCAGUGGACAAUGUCUCAAGCGUCACCUGGUUUGCAAUGGAAUUGUGGACUGCGAUGACGGAAGUGAUGAGAACAAAUGCAACGAUUGGACCUGUCAUUUUGACGAGUUCCAGUGCCCAAAUGGCAGAUGCAUUCCCGACCUCUGGAGAUGUAACGGCAGGCCAGACUGUGACGACCAUAAGGACGAAUACUACUGCUCAGAGAGCUGUGAGAAUAAUGAAUACCUCUGUCCAACUGAAAAAUGGUGCAUACCCCAGACAUUGAGAUGCAAUGGGGGCUCUGAUUGUGCAAAUGGAGAAGAUGAGAAGCUUUGCGAUUGCACAGUGGAUCAAUUUAAAUGUCGAACUGGGGGUUGCAUUAAUUCCGAUCAACUCUGCGACGGCAUCGAACAUUGUCCUGAUCGUUCUGAUGAAUGGGACUGUCUCGCUGGUAAUCUAACUCUGGAUAAAGCUCAGUCAGAGGAUAGAGAGCAGCCAACAACUCUCAAGAUCACCAUGGGAAAUGAGAGACUGACGGUUUGCUCGGAUGAUUGGAGUAAAUCUCACAGUGAUGAAUAUUGCAAGUCACUGGGAUUCGCGGGUUCUGAUGCUACGGUGACUGCUGUCUAUACUGAGGGUCCAGUAUUGGCACUGAAGACAUCGACAGCUGAUUCUAAUCUCAUCACUAAUCUUGUUAAAAGGGACAGCUGUGGGUCUGGGGAGAUCGUCAAGGUGUCUUGCCAGGAAUUCACUUGUGGGUCUCAGCAGAGUGAAGGCCCCACUGCAAGAUUAGUCGGAGGAACUCCAGCUGGAGAGGGACAAUGGUCUAGUGUAGCUCUUCUGAGAGAAGUCAAAAGUGGUGCGUCAUGCACUGCUAGUGUUCUGGGGCCAAUGCACGCUCUAGCAAGUUACUCAUGCAUUUAUAAACAUAGACAAAGUCCAAACUGGGAAUUGAAUACUGGAAGAGAUCUGCAGCAAUCAACUCGAGUCAAAAAUAUCGUUCCUUAUCCUGAAGUAAAAUAUAAUCAGUUUUUGUAUGAGAAUGACUUUGCUCUCAUCGAACUAUCAGAGCCUCUGGUAUUCUCGAUAAAUGUCAGUGCUGUUUGUUUACCCAGCCAACAGUUUCAACCUAGAGCUCUUUGUGUCACUGCUGGAUGGGGAUUCCCCAUGAUUGGAGAUGUCAAUUUGAAGCUCAAUUUUUUGCCAAUUCCUACAUAUGAUACUAACGAGUGUAAUGCUACUAGUCAUUACGCUGGAUUUAUUAAGGAAAAUUAUAUCUGCGCCGGGUUCACUGGAGCAGAUAAAGGAACUUGUUAUAAUGACGAAGGUGCACCAUUGAUGUGUGCAACUGAAACUGAAAGAUGGGAGAUUCAGGGUUUAUUGAGUCACCACAGCAGAUGCUCAAGAGGAUAUCCAGCAAUUUACUCAAGUUUAACACCUAUUAUAUCCUGGCUGCGUCACUCAAUCCCAGCCCUCCAAACACGAGUUUAAAAUGUUUAUAAAUUUUCAAUCCUGUCAUUACAAUUCCGUCGAACAAAAAAUGACUUCCCGAUCAAAAGACAAGAGAUGAUGUCGGUUAUCCCAUUCGUGGAAAUGUAAAUAUUGUAUAAAGUAACUGUUCAAUAAGAGUUAGAAAGGAGAAAGCGAUUUUUAUAAUCGAUGAUUGGUUGCAUAAUUCACGCAGUGGGUUUCAUAAUGCUCUAUCACAAGACUCAUCCAGAGAAAUAAAAGAAAAUUUGGUAAAUGUGUAGAUUAGGGGUCUCGGGUAUAAUCCUGGCCUAUAACACCCGGGUAUAAUACAUAGGCCUUAUGAUAAUAAGGGCAUACAGAAAAACGCACGCAGUGCAGGUGAAUGAAGUGAGCGAGAAAAAUGGACUAUAAAAUAAUAAAAACUCGUGAACUUAUUGUUUUCCAUCUCAGAAAAACUUAAAAUAUUCAUAUGAAACGUAUACUUUCCUGCACGAAUCUGACACAAUAUAUACGUAGUAUAUAUUCAAUAAAAACUAUAACUCUAAAUGAAAAAAAAUCGGGAGUGAGGCCCCUGAUCUACAUAUUCACCGAAAUAUAUAUAUAUAAAAAUAAACUAGGAAUGUAUGUAUAUAAUAGGUAUUAUUCAGUAAACAAAAGCAUAUACACUGUUAUUGAAUUUUAUCUCGACGAGAAUUUCAACCUGAGCAGUCACUCAAUUAGUUCAGUACUUCGACUAUUUCAAGCUGUAACGUCUAGAAACAAAUCGAAAAUCAGCGAUUGAAAUAACGUAAGAUUAUAUCUUCCAUUUACUCUAUUUACUGUGAAUGAAUAAUACGAGUGACUGUCCAGGAAAAUGCUGUUAUUAUCGAUAACUAUGAAAUAUUGAAUAGUCAUAUUAUGUCCAAGUAUUUUUAUAUCACAAGUGAAUUAAAAUAAAUAUAUCUAUAUAAAAAUAAAUUAAUCAAGUUGUUUCUUGGGAAUUGCGGAGAGUUCAGCUGCUGUGAU